CCUAAGAGGCUUGGGCCUCCCAGGGCCAGCCCCCCCCCACCUCUGUUGAGAUCGCGAUAGAGACUGAUCCGCUCACCAGUUGCAACAUCACAAAGGAAGCACUGUCUAAGGUUGAUUUGAUGAUUUCCGUCUAUGGGGCAUGCCAGUGAGCUCGCUCAAGCUCUUCGACUCCUUGCUCGCCUUUCCUAUAUAUUUGGCGAUUCAGAUGAAGCUGUCCCUCAGGAGCAUCGUGCAGCGCUUAUGAGUCAGCGCUGCACGGGAUUGGUCAUGCAUCUACCAUUGAAUAUAUUAACCUUGCCCACUUUGCUCUCAAACCUCUAUAUUUCUGCAGCAGUUAGACUUUUGUAUCGUACUCGAUAUAUGUUGCUAAUUCCACAUGGAGAAAAUCAUCCGUUGAUGGCUCAAAGUGAUGAGGCAGUCAUACAUUGGUCAGAUUCACGCAUCAUGAUCUUGACGUUUUCGAAGGUGUCUCGGGGUCGCGACUACGAUAAAUAUUCGUUUGAGAGCCUUGAUAAGGCAUUAUAUGAAGACAUCCACGGAUUGCUCUUAUUCGAUUCUCUCUGGAGGAGAAUUUGACAUCUGGGAGGCUUUGGAGCGGGCAGGAGUGUCUACGCAACACUGAUGACAAACUUCAGUGGAGUAUUUACCGUCUGCACCCCAGAGAGGUUCCCAUGUGAACCAGCGUGCGUACGUGGUGCGACGUUGUCUUUCGCUCUUUUUGACACGUUUCUCCUGAGAUUUCAACGGAAAUGCCCGAGGUUAACACGUUCAAAAGUGCGAAAGGCAGCGAGAUGACGUGGUACCUAUGGGAAUCUCUCUAGGGCGCACACGAUUUCAUUCUCACAUCCUUCCAAUGGCGACGGGAUCAGCCUUCGAUCUGUCGAAAGUUUUGCUAAUUUCUGCUAGAUUUCCCUUACAAACGACAAAGAAGAAAAAACGGCAAAAUCUUCUACCUAUGCAGGAUGUAACCAUGACUUUAUGUGACUACUGUACUUCUAGCCUUUGAUUCUUAUUGUGAGGAUUAAAACGGUUGUUAGCUCUUAGCUGUAGACUUUUCUCAAAAUCUCGCUUUCUUACGGUCCUUGAUGGCGUAAAAAAAAACCUUUAUCCGCAUUUCUUUUUUGAUGUUUAGUUUAUUCUUGUCUUUUCUUCACUUCGAUUCACUUUUUUUCCGCUGCAUAAUCUUAGAGCUUCUACAAACGCUACAAAAGUUAUAUCG